AGCUGAGACGUGACCUGCCGAUCAACGACAAAGAUCCUGGCGCCAUGACUUAACCAACCGUUUAACCCUUGCACGGCCAUGUUUCAAGCACUUCAGUAACCAUCCCUGGAAGUAACACCUCUCUGCACGCACUAAGUUAUCAGCCGCGAUGGAGAAAAGGAGCGUAGUAAUACAGCAAAUGUUUGAGGAGCUGCCCAGUAAUCCCAGCUUGACCAAAGCCCCGUCCGUCAAACCUGGAAAGGUCAAGUCUGGGGUCUUGAGUGUAAGUAAUUUAAUGUUGACAGGGUCUCCUCUUUGUCCGUAACUCAACUAACUGCCUGAUGGUAUAUCAACGUAACAAGUAAACAAAAAAAGUAUUAAGUAUUAGCGCCCCCCCCCCCCAAUUUCUAUCAUAGGAAGAUUUUAACUGAUUUUUUUUUAUUGCAAUUGAACUCUCAACUCAGGUAUUAUCUCUUUCAAACUCUCAAUUUCUUCCUUGCUAUUUCAUUUUACGUAAUUUAAAAAAAUAAUAAUUUAAAAACACUUUUAUUUAAUUUGAUUUAAUUUAUGCUUUAAUUUUGGAAGGGACCCUGUGCAGUUUCUGAAAAUUCAGCGCUGCUUUCCCGCAAGGAAUGUCUUUCUGGGUUUAAUUUGUACACUAACAAUUUAUGUCUGUUUGAAUUUUGUUGCCCACCAAUAAAAGUCUUUUUGAACUUAAGUGACAUGUUCAAUGAAUGUCCUUUGUGCUUUGUCCAUGCAUGAAUAGUUAUUUCUGGGAUGAGUUUGUCUUCGUAGGAAGGAAUUAUGGAAAUAACGAACACAUGGUAAGGGAACACUUGACAGACGACAACAGAUAUGAAUAUCUGUCUACUGACAUUUUUUUUUAAAAAUUAUAAUUUUUAUUUCAUUAUACCUUGUGAGGCAUUCUUUUACAACCAUCUUUACUUAUCCAAAAAAUGAAAGUUUCAUUUCAUUUUAAAAUUAAUCUCAUUAACGAAAUUAGUAACAAUCCUAGAUUAAAUCACCAUUUUGUGAACACCUCAUUGGGUUUUGCUUUUCCAAUGAACAAUCAAAAACAACUGAAUCUUGCAUUUGUGUCUUGUGGUUGUUCAAGAAAGAUCUCAGGCGCCUGCCAAUCUCAGUCCUCUCUGUGGCAUCAGGCUCAAUUAGCGUCGCGUCCAGUGAUUCGGUCAGAGCGACUGCCUCUAGGUCUGUAGACAUGGUCAAGUCAAGAAAGCAAUCCAUCAAGAGACAAGGAUCGACAACUGCCAAUCAAAACAAGAUGCUUCCAGCAACCGCGAUAUCAUUGUAUGGGUGAGUCGAUAUCAUAGUUUGGGUGAUUCGUUAUCAUUGUAUGGGUGAGUCGAUAUCAUAGUUUGGGUGAUUCGUUAUCAUUGUAUGGGUGAGUCGAUAACAUAGUUUGGGUGAUUCGUUAUCAUUGUAUGGGUGAGUCGAUAUCAUAGUUUGGGUGAUUCGUUAUCAUUGUAUGGGUGAGUCAGAAAUAACAAGUUGAUGAUGAUGAAGUCUUGAUAAUUUACGACUAAGAUCAGAUUUUUUUUCUACAUAAAAAUGAUUAGCAUGGUCUUGUUAAAAGUUGGUUAUCAUUUUAUCAUAAUUUAAAUAAGGUGAAAACACACACUUAUGAAAGUACUUUGACCAUUUUGACUAUUUGUUCCUCUUCGUUUUCUAACCUUUUUCUGACCUAAUGCGACACACCUUCUGACAUGUGACAUGACUGCUGAGAACUAAGAGCAUUAAUGAGACACACCUUGUGACAAGUGAUAUGGCGAACGAGAAAUAAGGGACCUUAUGCGGCACACAUUAUGGCAAGUAACAUAACUGUCGAGAACUAAGCGUCCUAAUACGGCACACCUUCUGACAAUUGACAUGAAUGACGAACACUAGGGGACCUUAUACGGCACACCUUCUGACAAUUGACAUGAAUGACGAGAACUAGGGGACCUUAUACGGCACAUCGUCUUAUUACGGCACACCUUCUGACAUGUGAUAUGACUGACGAGAACUAAGGACCCUUGUGCGGCACACCUUUUGAAAAGUGACAUGACUGACGAGAACUAAGAGCCCUUGUACGGCACACCUUUUGAAAAGUGACAUGACUGACGAGAACUAAGAGCCCUUGUACGGCACACCUUUUGAAAAGUGACAUGACUGACGAGAACUAAGGGCCCUUGUACGGCACACCUUUUGAAAAGUGACAUGACUGACGAGAACUAAGGGCCCUUGUACGGCACACCUUUUGAAAAGUGACAUGACUGACGAGAACUAAGGGACCUUGUGCGGCACACCUUCUAAUUACGACAACACUUUAUGACAUGUGACAUGACUGACGAGAAUUGUGGGCCCUUACACAGCACACAUUAUGGUAUAAAUGGCGAGAACCAAUGGACACACUGAUGGCCUAAAAAAAUUAUUUUUUUUCUAAGCAGACAAAAAUGUGCCGCCAGGGACGGGCCUCCCCCUUUUCUACGACACUGUAUAUAUAUGUAUGUAUACACCUACAAGCAUUAAAGAGUUACUAGGAGUACAAAAAACUUUUUAUUUUGAAAACGCUGGACUGGCAGAACAUACUCAGGUCACGCUAAUGUAACAUGUUGAAGGGAUGUUUAGCUUUCAUCCUACCGGCCUCUUGCAAGUUGCAACCCACUGACCUUACGCUCUACGCCACUGUCCUUACGCUAUACGCCACUGAAAUUACGCUAUACGCCACUGACUUUACGCUCUACUUCACUGAUCUUACGCUAUACUUCACUGAUCUUACGCUCUACGCCACUAACUUUACGCUCUACUUCACUGAUCUUACGCUAUACUUCACUGAUCUUACACUCUACUUGACUGAUCUUACGCUCUACGUCACUGAUCUUAUGCUCUACUUCACUGAUCUUACGCUCUACUUGACUGAUCUUACGCUCUACGUCACUGAUCUUACGCUCUACUUCACUGAUCUUACGCUAUACUUCACUGAUCUUACGCUCUACUUGACUGAUCUUACGCUCUACGUCACUGAUCUUACGCUCUACUUCACUGAUCUUACGCUAUACUUCACUGAUCUUACGCUAUACUUGACUGAUCUUACGCGAUACGCCACUGACCUUACGCUCUACGCCACUGUAUAUAACCAUAUACUUAUUAACUCUUUAUUUGUUAGGGAGAGGAACAAAACUGAGGACUUAUGCUAAAAGUAAUGCGUCCUGGGUCAAACAAAUGCAAAACAAAUUGAUAUUAUUCUAGAUACAAAAUAAUAACUUAAGUACCGAACGCAUGCUAUAUAGCUUUACGUAGGUUCACAAAUUGCAUAGAACUACAAAUUCAUCAACUUCACCACACCCCUACAUCUGUUUUUUUUUGUUUUUGUUUUUUUCUGCAACCCUCCUAUCCACUUUCUUCACAGCCACCAACUUUUUUUUUCUCCCCGGUAAAAAUACGCCCAUGCUCUGUGUCUUUCGGUCAUUAGCUUCGGGAACAUCACCUCGCGCUCAUGCAGAGCAUUGGUCAAAUUGCUUGCGCGUGGGAGGCAACUCUCCAUCUAUCUUCUGACGCGUUAAUAAAGGCCAAUAACUUGUUUAUAUUCAAUAUUAUGAGUUGUACAGAGUUUUGUGAAACAAUGAAAGAAAACAAUUAUUAACCUAUAAAUCGCCGGUGUUGUAUAAUUGGCAUAAACUUUCAAUCAAUCAAUCCAUAAUAGUAAUUAACAGGGAUAGCGAAUAUGUUAAAAGUUUAAUGUAUUUAACGGUACAUACGCUCUAAAUUUGUUUUGGUUUUUUUGCUCCGGUCGCACAGAUCUGGUGAGUGCGCUGAACUAGACGAUACAUUGUUUACAUGUGUUUCAGAUCAAUAAGAUUUGUCCAAACAUAUUCAUCACGCUGCCUUCCAGGAGCCGACAAAUAUAAAAUAGGGCACUUCAAAUUUAUGAGGCAAAAUGUAUUGUUGUUGAUCAAUUUGUUGCAGCAAUGUUGAGGGCACUUUGCUUGAUUUCAGACAAAAACUGACAGGCUUCGAGCAUAUGGAGAUCAAAGAUUAUACUGCCAUCUACUGUCUCGGGCUGAAUGCCUCCAAGCUGAAUGGCGGUCAAAAUUCCAGUAGAGAUCCUGACGUGUAUGAUGACGAAGACCAUUUCUACAAGGUCAUACCACGUGAUCACAUUGCUUAUCGUUAUGAGGUGUGCGAAAAGCCGACUCUGGGCAAAGGAACUUUUGGACAGGUUUGAUUUUCUAAAAAUGACAUGGGGGUGGGCAAUGGGGUGGGGGCCGGCCACAUAAUGUCUUGUAGUGUGUUUAAAAGAGGAGGCCACCCAGAAUGACAUGUAUUUUUGGGGUUUGGUUGGGAGGGAGGGGGGUGCCCAGAGUUACAAGUAGUUUUUGGUAGGGGACCAUCAAUAAUGGCAUACCGCUUAUAUGUGACCAGUAAUAUUUUGGUAUUGCGGGGGGAGGCCACCAAGAAUGGAAUACAGCUUAUAUAUGACGGUUCCCCCCAGAAUGGCAAGUAGUCGCGUAAAGAGGCUGCACUGAUAUGAGUUUGGGAAAGAAUAGCAUUCACUGUGCUUUACUUGGAGGAGGGACCACCUAGAUUCCCGUACAGUGCUUGGUCUAGAGGUUUGGGGGGUGGGGGGGGGGUGGGGAGAGGCAGCUAUGUACUUGGAUUAUGGUUAUAGGAGAAAUUUCAACACUAAAAUCCAGAUUUUUUUUUAAAAUUCUAAUUAAUUUUUCGCCCAGAUUGUAAGAAUGGCACUGGGAAGGAACACGUGAUCUAUAAAAUAAUACCAUCAGAUUGUAAGAAUGGCACUGGGGAGGACCGUGUGAUCUAUAAAAUAAUGCCAUCAGAUUGUAAGAAUGGCACUGGGGAGGAACACGUGAUCUAUAAAAUAAUGCCAUCAGAUUGUAAGAAUGGCACUGGGGAGGACCGUGUGAUCUAUAAAAUAAUGCCAUCAGAUUGUAAGAAUGGCACUGGGGAGGAACACGUGAUCUAUAAAAUAAUGCCAUCAGAUUGUAAGAAUGGCACUGGGGAGGACCGUGUGAUCUAUAAAAUAAUGCCAUCAGAUUGUAAGAAUGGCACUGGGGAGGAACACGUGAUCUAUAAAAUAAUGCCAUCAGAUUGUAAGAAUGGCACUGGGGAGGAACACGUGAUCUAUAAAAUAAUACCAUCAGAUUGUAAGAAUGGCACUGGGGAGGAACACGUGAUCUAUAAAAUAAUACCAUCAGAUUGUAAGAAUGGCACUGGGGAGGAACACGUGAUCUAUAAAAUAAUACCAUCAGAUUGUAAGAAUGGCACUGGGGAGGACCGUGUGAUCUAUAAAAUAAUACCAUCACCACAGGGCCGAAAUGUUCAUUUCCACGUUCAAAUUUUGUCUUCAGGUAAUUAAAGCGUACGACCACAAGCUUCGCAAGUAUGUCGCUCUAAAGUUAGUUAGAAACGAGAGAAUCUACUUGAAACAAUCCAGGGAGGAGCUCAGAAUACUUCAGACAUUAAAGAGACAAGACGUUGACGGCACCUACAAUAUUGUAGUCAUCAAUGAGUUUUUCAUGUAAGCAUUGGCCAUCCCACCAGAUAAUGGAGGAAGUGGUUUUGUAAGUUUAAAAAAAAAAUAUGUUCAUUUGAAGAUGUGUUAUAAGAAGAGGCGCAACUAGGGUUUGGGUCAUCCGGUGCGGUAAACUGAUGACGUGACAGCCCCACCUACGAGGAAACCCCCCCCCCACACACACACACACCCAGGACCAGCACCAAGUCAAGUAAUUCUUAACCAGAUCAUACAGAAUCUCUAGUUGUAUGUGUGUACAUUGAGCAAAACAAAAAUAAGAUAUGAGAACAUAGAAUUGAAAGGUAAAAGUGAUUUAAAAAUGCACCACUUACAUUUUUAUUGAAACGUGAAACAUUUCAAUUCAAAGUUCACACUCCAAAAGGUGCAAACCUGAGCAUCACUUCAUCGAAAUCAGCAUUCUCCAACUUAUCAUUUUUAAAUAAACAAAGUCACACGACAGGAAAGCCUGGAUUGUUAAAUGGUAGAUAGCAAACAUUUAAAAAAAAAAAAAAAGCUUUAGUUUCGAACAAUUCCUCUCUCAUGAUGCCACAGAUCGUGGGAAAUAAUUGUAGGCUUUAUCAGAGGAUGGGGAGAGAUUCUAGGAAGUUCCAUUCAGAUAGUAAUUUUAAAUAUUUACACAUUUUCGGCUUCUUUUGGGAUUAACAUCUGUCGCUCCGUGCCCGCUCAGCCAUGGUGUUUUAAAUAACAGUUCACGUAACUUAUCCUAGAAAGUUGUCAAUUUGGCGAUGAACACUAGUACAUAUUCUUCAGUCACAGAUAGUUGACUCGUAUCUUGAACAGAUUUAAACAUAUACCGUAUCCUACUUCGUUGGUGGCUCUCGAUCUGAUCUGGAGCUAAGGUCGUUACACUCAAUCAUGGCUCGUUUGUUUUCUUCCUGCAGAGUGAGUCUGGUGUCAAUCCAUUUCUCCUCUGACAUUUUCCUCUUGGAAAUGUGUCUUCUCUCUACUGAAAUUCAUUAAGGAAAUAGUGUAACAAGGUACGGUGAAGUUGGAGAUGAAAGAGAAUGUUUUGGCUGAAGGCCUUAUUCAGCAGACAAGAGAAAACAAGAGAACAACAAAGAAAUACAAAUGAGUUCAGAAAAUUAAGUGUCUGAAGUUCCAUGUUGGUCUGAUUUUAAAUAAGUGCUUAUUCAGUUGCAUGGUCUACUAUUUUUCUGUGUCUUCUGCAAAAUUAGCGCUUCUAGCUUGGUCACAAAAUCAAACAAGAGUUAAGUCCUUAGUCUGCAAUUGGCGCUUCUAGCUUGGUCACAAAAUCAAACAAGAGUUAAGUCCUUAGUCUGCAAUUGGCGCUUCUAGCUUGGUCACAAAAUCAAACAAGAGUUAAGUCCUUAGUCUGCAAUUGGCGCUUCUAGCUUGGUCACAAAAUCAAACAAGAGUUAAGUCCUUAGUCUGCAAUUGGCGCUUCUAGCUUGGUCACAAAAUCAAACAAGAGUUAAGUCCUUAGUCUGCAAUUGGCGCUUCUAGCUUGGUCACAAAAUCAAACAAGAGUUAAGUCCUUAGUCUGCAAUUGGCGCUUCUAGCUUGGUCACAAAAUCAAACAAGAGUUAAGUCCUUAGUCUGCAAUUGGCGCUUCUAGCUUGGUCACAAAAUCAAACAAGAGUUAAGUCCUUAGUCUGCAAUUGGCGCUUCUAGCUUGGUCACAAAAUCAAACAAGAGUUAAGUCCUUAGUCUGCAAUUGGCGCUUCUAGCUUGGUCACAAAAUCAAACAAGAGUUAAGUCCUUAGUCUGCAAUUGGCGCUUCUAGCUUGGUCACAAAAUCAAACAAGAGUUAAGUCCUUAGUCUGCAAUUGGCGCUUCUAGCUUGGUCACAAAAUCAAACAAGAGUUAAGUCCUUAGUCUGCAAUUGGCGCUUCUAGCUUGGUCACAAAAUCAAACAAGAGUUAAGUCCUUAGUCUGCAAUUGGCGCUUCUAGCUUGGUCACAAAAUCAAACAAGAGUUAAGUCCUUAGUCUGCAAUUGGCGCUUCUAGCUUGGUCACAAAAUCAAACAAGAGUUAAGUCCUUAGUCUGCAAUUGGCGCUUCUAGCUUGGUCACAAAAUCAAACAAGAGUUAAGUCCUUAGUCUGCAAUUGGCGCUUCUAGCUUGGUCACAAAAUCAAACAAGAGUUAAGUCCUUAGUCUGCAAUUGGCGCUUCUAGCUUGGUCACAAAAUCAAACAAGAGUUAAGUCCUUAGUCUGCAAUUGGCGCUUCUAGCUUGGUCACAAAAUCAAACAAGAGUUAAGUCCUUAGUCUGCAAUUGGCGCUUCUAGCUUGGUCACAAAAUCAAACAAGAGUUAAGUCCUUAGUCUGCAAUUGGCGCUUCUAGCUUGGUCACAAAAUCAAACAAGAGUUAAGUCCUUAGUCUGCAAUUGGCGCUUCUAGCUUGGUCACAAAAUCAAACAAGAGUUAAGUCCUUAGUCUGCAAUUGGCGCUUCUAGCUUGGUCACAAAAUCAAACAAGAGUUAAGUCCUUAGUCUGCAAUUGGCGCUUCUAGCUUGGUCACAAAAUCAAACAAGAGUUAAGUCCUUAGUCUGCAAUUGGCGCUUCUAGCUUGGUCACAAAAUCAAACAAGAGUUAAGUCCUUAGUCUGCAAUUGGCGCUUCUAGCUUGGUCACAAAAUCAAACAAGAGUUAAGUCCUUAGUCUGCAAUUGGCGCUUCUAGCUUGGUCACAAAAUCAAACAAGAGUUAAGUCCUUAGUCUGCAAUUGGCGCUUCUAGCUUGGUCACAAAAUCAAACAAGAGUUAAGUCCUUAGUCUGCAAUUGGCGCUUCUAGCUUGGUCACAAAAUCAAACAAGAGUUAAGUCCUUAGUCUGCAAUUGGCGCUUCUAGCUUGGUCACAAAAUCAAACAAGAGUUAAGUCCUUAGUCUGCAAUUGGCGCUUCUAGCUUGGUCACAAAAUCAAACAAGAGUUAAGUCCUUAGUCUGCAAUUGGCGCUUCUAGCUUGGUCACAAAAUCAAACAAGAGUUAAGUCCUUAGUCUGCAAUUGGCGCUUCUAGCUUGGUCACAAAAUCAAACAAGAGUUAAGUCCUUAGUCUGCAAUUGGCGCUUCUAGCUUGGUNAAAGACAUUGUGCUGUACCUGGUGUGUCAAAGACAUUGUGCUGUACCUGGUGUGUCAAAGACAUUGUGCUGUACCUGGUGUGUCAAAGACAUUGUGCUGUACCUGGUGUGUCAAAGACAUUGUGCUGUACCUGGUGUGUCAAAGACAUUGUGCUGCACCUGGUGUGUCAAAGACAUUGUGCUGUACCUGGUGUGUCAAAGACAUUGUGCUGCACCUGGUGUGUCAAAGACAUUGUGCUGUACCUGGUGUGUCAAAGACAUUGUGCUGUACCUGGUGUGUCAAAGACAUUGUGCUGCACCUGGUGUGUCAAAGACAUUGUGCUGCACCUGGUGUGUCCAUAACAUUGUGCUGUACCUGGUGUGUCAAAGACAUUGUGCUGCACCUGGUGUGUCCAUAACAUUGUGCUGUACCUGGUGUGUCAAAGACAUUGUGCUGCACCUGGUGUGUCCAUAACAUUGUGCUGUACCUGGUGUGUCCAUAACAUUGUGCUGCACCUGGUGUGUCCAUAACAUUGUGCUGUACCUGGUGUGUCCAUAACAUUGUGCUGUACCUGGUGUGUCCAUAACAUUGUGCUGUACCUGGUGUGUCCAUAACAUUGUGCUGUACCUGGUGUGUCCAUAACAUUGUGCUGUACCUGGUGUGUCCAUAACAUUGUGCUGCACCUGGUGUGUCCGUGACAUUGUGCUGUCCCUGGUGUGUCAAAGACAUUGUGCUGUCCCUGGUGUGACCAUGACUUUGUGCUGUCCCUUGGCGUGUCCUUGUCUCGAGAGUCACAUAGAGCUUCAAUCGCCCACCACAAAUUCAUCAAACUUGUCUUUACUUGUUUUACUUCAGCAAGAUGAGCAUUGCAGUGUUUUGUUGAUAUUUGUUUCUCUCUGACAUUCCAUUGUGUUGUUGAUAUUUAAUUCUCUCUGACAUUCCAUUGUGCUGUUUAUAUAAUUUGUUUUCUCUGGCAUUCCAGUGUGUUUAGUUAAAAAUGACAUAGAUGAGUGGGGAGGAAAAGAAGAAAAACCUUCUAGAGUACCAACCAAUGUUACAUCUUGUGCAUUGCCAGCAAAGCGUGUUGACCACACUACUUAUAUAAAUCAUCCACAAAUUCAUUAAAAAUAGAUUUCUUGUUCUUUCUUAGCAGUAGGGCCUGUACACUUCCAUGAAUCCCAGUCAUUAUGACAUCAUUAUCGUAACCUUUCUUAGCAGUAAGGCUUGUACAUGUCCAUGAAUCCCAGUCAUUUUGACAUCAUUACCGUAACCUUUCUUAGCAGUAGGGCCUUUACACUUCCAUGAAUCCCAGUCAUUGUGACAUCAUUAUCGUAACCUUUCUUAGCAGUAGGGCUUGUACAUGUCCAUGAAUUCCAGUCAUUGUGACAUCAUUAUCGUAACCUUUCUUAGCAGUAGGGCCUUUACACUUCCAUGAAUCCCAGUCAUUUUGACAUCAUUAUUGUAACCUUUCUUAGCAGUAGGGCCUUUACACUUCCAUGAAUCCCAGUCAUUUUGACAUCAUUAUCGUAACCUCUCUUAGAAGUAGGGCUUGUACAUGUCCAUGAAUCCCAGUCAUUGUGACAUCAUUAUCAUAAUCUUGAGCUUGGCACAUCAGUAUGUCCUGAUUUUUUUUAAGAAUGUCAGAUCUAAGGUUAUCAGAUUGACUUUUUCCACAAUUUUUUUCCAAAAGGAAAAAUCUUAAAAACACUUCUUUCACUUCAACUUUUCACAUACUUUUCAAAUAUUAGAUCAUAUCAGACAUGACAUCUGGUCGGUAUGUGAUAGGUAAAGUUUGCUGUCACAUAUCAGAUCAUAUCAGACAGCUGGUCGGUGUGUGAAUGUCUGUGGCCAGAACCCACUUGCGAAUCCACUGGCUACAAAGCUAUCGUUUUCAAGAUUUAUAUGCUCGUCAUCCAAACAGACAUGUUUUCACACAUGCGCUUAUUAAAGCUGAUAAUUUUAAUUGGUAAUAUAAUGCUUCCUGGUGUUUAUUUCUGAAAACGAAACAUGGGUCGUUAUACACAAGUCCUUUUCUAUAAUUAAUGCAACUUUAAUCCAUAAAUAUAUCCAACAAACAGUACAUUUCAUCAACACAUGCAGGCUAUAGCGCAGAUCGCUAUCAGAGAGAAUAAUUCAUUACCUUCUCCGACAAAGUUCUUUCUAUGACUGCUGACGAAUUAGUAGGUACGUCACAAAGCAGAUAAGAUAAUACGUCAUAAUUACCACAAAAUACGUCACCACGUAAAACGCGGGAAUGCCUUCAUUAACUAAUAAAUCUCGUAAAAAGCAUACAGCGCACAGUAAACACAAUAUCCAUUGAGUAACAACUAUUAGUGAAUUCCCAUUCCCAUGCUCGUCGGAUGGAGUUCAAUAAAAUAAUAUAUUAAAACUAAAUUCCGCACAGGUUCCGUAAUCAUAUGGUCAUCUCCUUCGAGCUGCUUGGCAUGAACCUGUACCAAGUCCUGAAACGUAACAACUAUCGAGGCUUGGGCAUGUCCAGAAUUCUCCCCAUCACCAGGUGUGUUCUGAAAUGUCUGGAGCUGCUUUUCAAGAACAGGAUCAUACACUGUGACCUCAAACCCGAGAACAUAAUGCUCAAGAAGAAUGGAGAUUUCACGUCAGUGAAGGUAGACAACUUUUGGAUAGUGCGCCCGUUUUCUCUACGAGAAAUGCUCACUAAUAAUUUUGAUCUAGUCUUCUUUUUUAUUCUGUGCGAUUAUAUAUUUGCCUCAUAAUUAGUAACUACGUUAACUGUCUUAAAAUACGAACGUAGCAACAAAUUAACGAGCCUCAAUAGCAAAAAAAAUGCAAUGAGCUGUGAAUGUGCUUUUUCAUAAACAUACUACCGGUACUGUACUACACCAUAACACGGAGAAAGUUAUGACUAGACUUGACACCAGUGCGACUACAUGAGCUAGGAAAAGUUUUAAGUACCCGGUAACAAAAGAACAAUGCCUAAAUUGUGUGGGCUUAGAGGCGUGCUACAACUACAACCAGCUACACCAACACUAUUUGAAUUUGAGUGGGUAAUUAUGGGGUACCGACUAAGGUAUUUUACUAAUUUUAGCUUGGAUAAGUGGAAAAAAAUUAAGAAACGAUAACUAAUACCGUAAUAUUAGUGUUAUAAUUUCUCUACUGUUUUUUUUCCUUCCUGUUGGCAUAGUUUAUUAUUGCUAUUACAAGUUACAAGUAAUUGUAAAAUAAGAUAAAAUAAUUUUUAAAAUUAAAAUGAAUGACGUCAACAUUUCCCCCCUAAGGUUGGUGACUUUGGUUCCAGUUGUUAUGAGCAGCAGCAAAUUUACCAUUACAUUCAGUCUCGCUAUUAUCGAGCCCCAGAAGUGAUGCUUGGUAUGCGUUAUGGUCCAGCCAUUGACAUGUGGAGUCUCGGCUGUGUUCUGGGAGAACUGUCUACUGGACUUCCCAUCUUUGUGGUCAGAAAAAAUAAAUAUAUAAGUUUUUAGUAUUGGGACUGUACUUAAAAGUAUCGGGAUUUUGCUUUAUAGAAUAAAUGGGUAGCCCCCCAAAGGAUAUGAGGCAAGGGGGCUCCAAUCAGUUUAAAAGAGUGGGGUUAGGCUAUAUUAAAAUUUAAAUAUUUAUGUUCGAGAAAAUUAUGAUAUAAGAACAUGAAGAUUGAAUGCUCACAAUUAAUUAAGUUUGCAGACCUUAUGAUGUUGUUUGCAUAUGCAUAACUCUGGACUUGUCCAGAUGUGAUCCUGAUAUUUUUAGAAAUGAGCGAAAUAAAGUAAAGAAAAAAGAUCGCAUCUAAGCAAUGAACAUGUCGGCAAGAAGCGUUCUUCGGCGAAUAAACAAUAGUAAAAUAAUAUAAAAUAAAAAAUCAACACGUAGCUGCACUAUAAUUUCCGAGACGACACCGAAAAGAAUGUGACAUAAUAAAAUUAGGUGAUAAAGUUAAUACAGGUAACAACAACAAAAUGAGAGAUGAAAAUUAAGUCCACUGCGAUUGGUCGUAACAAGAGGGGGGGGGGCCGACAAAAAGUUUGACAAGUGAAUUAAAACAAGACAUUUUUGGACAUGUGGUAUCGAGGUUCCAUAACUCUGAAUCAAUAUGUUUUCCAAGUAAGCCCGGUUUGGCGUGUUUGUACACGACACAAUGGCGGCGAUCGCAAAAUCCCUUGAGCUCUUGGGGAUUUUUUAAAGAUGGGACACUGCUUAUUUUGCUCAAUGUUACGAAGGUGUUCAGUACAUCUGAGAGAUGGGGUAGAGUCUCCCCUGGGUACGCCAUCUGGCAGUGGGUACAAAAAAAUGGCGUAGACAAAAUAAUGGCUAGUAGAAAGGAAACCAUUCCUGAUCUGAAAACUUCCUUUAAGGAAGUGAAUGUGUUUAGUCUGGAAACAAAAGGGCAAGUUUUUCAACGACUGUGUCCACAUGGCUUGGUCCCAAAGUAGUGAGAAGGGGCCGUGCGAAUGCGAUUACGCACAAAGAGAUCUCGUAGAUUUUUAUAUCUUCUGAAAACAAUGAGAGACGGCGAAGAGAAAACUUUCUUUUGUGGAUGAGGUGACGAGAAUGGCAUGAUUUUAAAGAAAAUUUGUUUAGCUAUGAUAUUGUCAAGGUGAUAUGUGAGAAUAAGUUUGGUCCUGUCGUUGUCACUCGGACAAGAACUGAGGGCAUCUUUAUAUUAAACCUUUUGAAUGGCUGAUGAAAGUACUGUCUCCGGGUAGGACCUUCAUCGGAAAUAGCCAGUCAUCUCAACCGCCUUGCCCUAAAAGUCAUCCUCCGACUGGCAAGGUCAAUGAAGGCAAAGUAGUUCAGAAAAGGGAUUAGAGUCUUUUCAGGAUUUAAGGUGUGAAGAAGAGUAAAUAGCUGUGGCGGUCAGUAGGUUUUAAGUAGAUGGGGGUGAAUUCUGAAUAGGCUGUCCUUUCAACUAAUUAGAAAAGUGUCCAGGGGAUGCCAAUAAUUUAAAUACAUGUAUAUUUUCUAUAAAAGAAAUAUAUAUAUAUAUAUAUAUAUAUAUAUAUAUUUAUGGACUGUCAAAGUUUCUACAUUUCCAAUGAGCAACCCCCCCCCGCCCAAAAAAAAGGCAAAUUAAAUCGGACACAAAAUUGACAACUCCCCUCCCCAGUGCGUAAAUAUGUGUUCAUCAAAGACCUAUUAUUUGUAUUUGAUCAAAUUACUUGUGACUUGAUACGUGUAUUCUGCCUUAAGAAAAAAACAACCUUUUAACUGUCCUAUAAUAUUACCAAAUCCCAGUAUUUUUUUUAAAUCUUAGCUUAUAUUAAUUUCUAAUACUAAUAUCUAUAUUUUUGAAUACAUCUAAUGUAAAUUUUUUGUAAUGCCAUCUUAUAUUAAUAUUUUAAUUGAUUAGUAAUAGGCCUACUAAUAUUUUAGUAUAACUUAAAACUAUAAUACCCGGUACCGGUACUCGGAAAAUUAUUUGUUUAUUGACAUUGAAAAUUUUUUAAAAAUCUUUUAAAUUUUCUCCAAAUAAAAUAAAGGGUGCUGAUGAGGAUGACCAACUUUCAGCCAUUGAAGAGGUGCUUGGGGAAAUUCCUGCCUCUUUAAUGAGUAAAAGCAGGCCAAAAACACGAAGUGGCAAGCGGAAGAAAAACAGGGGCCCACCUGCCAGUAAAUCACUGAAUUCUAUAAUUGUGGGAGAUGACCUUUUUAAAGACCUGGUUAAACUGGUAAUUUUAAGUUAUUUCAAUUCACUAAAUUAACCACAUUUCAAUAGAUUUACACUAAAAGUUCAAAGUGACAAUAAGGUGCAGCAAUUUUAUGUUUAUUGAAUUAAAUAAAUGACAUUUUAAAUAAUGUACCAAACAUAUUGUAAGUGAUGUACUGGCAGUUCCCUUUUUCCUUUGUACAAGUACACAAACUGAUGAUCGAAGCCAGCUUGAUAGGGGUUUAAACUACUUUAUUGAAGGCUUUUUUCCUACUUGCACUUCCAUCUUGUGGAGCGCAGUUUUUUGUUUAUGCCCGGUACAUGUGACAUUUUAAGAUUGAGUCUUGCUCUUGCAGUGUUCACCUGGUGAACGGCUGGAAAAGAAUACUGGGUCAAUAGGGGCGGUUUUACACUGUCGCUCAUAUUAUCAUGGUUGACCGCGUUUGCUUUGUUUGAAGGUGGGUGGGUGAGCUCAGAUCUACUUUUUAGUUUUUUAUGCCUUGGUAAAGAGUUAAGUCACCUUAACUGGGAUUUUGUAAGCAUUCAAUAUUCGAAAGAGUUAAUAAUUCUACUUUUUUCAGUAAUUUAAACAAUUACAAUUUUAAUAUCGGGUACCCGGAACUAAAAAUUAGAAAAUAAAAUAUUUUCAAAAACUUAAAAUUUCUUAAAAUGCCUAGAUAAAGUUUGCAGAAAAUAUUUUCAAAAAUUAAUAAAAAUAAUACAUAUUUAAGUUUCAUUUACAUGCAAUUCAAAUCCUUUGGCUACAUACAGUGCUUAUCUUCACUUCUGCACAGUCCUUCUUUGCGCAACGCAUUUUAAGAAAUUUAAAAUAAUUUUCUACUUUCAAUUGCAUUUUAACACAUAUUUGAUCUUUGAUGGCAAGUCUUUUUUUUUUUUAACUUUUUUUUUAUAAUUCAUUUUGUGGUUAAAUCAUUUUAUUGUACAUUUGUGUGAGUGUGUAAGUAGCUAUCAAUUAUGUUAGCAUGGGGACAAGGUGGUGCAGUUAUUUGUGAUGUUGUAUGAUGAGGGCAGACAGACGGGUUUGAAAAUAUAACAUACAAUUAUAGAAUUACAAUCAUCAUAAUGCAUAAUGUGGUACUUUGCAACAUUCCACUUAAUUAACUGUGCAUAUAGAUAGAUAAUUAUUUUCAAUUGGAUUUGUUGUAAAUUUCAGCUUCAAAAUUUAAAUUAAUUUUCUCCUUAUAAUAUAAUAACAUCAGACUGCAAUAAAAUAAAGUGAAGUGAAACAAGUUUUAUCUGCAUAGGGAAUUUAUAGUGAAGUAAAGUUCAUGAGUGUACGUUACUUUAGGUCUCACUGAGAGUGUGAUAUAAAAUCAUGAAAUCUGAGACAGCAGCUAAGUUAACGGUAGUUUUAAAAAAAUAAAAAUACAUGUACCAACAAAUAAACAUUUUUUGUUUUGUGAAAAAAAAAUACUGGGUACCAUUAUAUAUAUAUUCCAAAAUCAUCAUGAACAUUUAGUAUUUACUAUCGUAAAAAAGUAAUGUCUUAUUUGAUCUGCAGAUGCUGGAUUGGAACCCUGUGAUGCGCCCCACUCCCUUGGAAAUACAAGACCAUCAAUGGUUGACCAAAUCUGCACCACCAGCACACAGUGGGUAUAAGAAGAGUGAUGUCUAACAAUAAGGCAGUCAUUGCUAUCAUGGGCAACUAAUAAAGAGUCUGUGUAUAUUUAUACCUGUACAUUGUUAGUGACCAAAGAAUAAAGGAGCUCAAUAUGUUUAUGAAAUUAUUUUAAAACUCCCUAACGCUAUGUAAGUCUCUAAAACAAAACAUAACAAAAUCGCUAGCUUUGUUACAAGAAAUGUGUGCCAACUGCUGUGGCCUCAUUACCACCACUUUUGAUCACCAGAUCAUUUUGAUUUAUUUACUGCAGAAAUGAAAUAAAAGAACAAUAAGUUUAUAAAAAUAUUUUAAGAGUGACUAGUGUAAGUGCGUACUUGAUUAAUAUUACUUAUUGUUAAUCUAAGCUUGUAAUGUCCAAAAAAAUUUGCAAAAAAGAUCUUCAAUUUAUUGAAUUUAAGAUGCCAGGCAGAUGAUCACACUGUAUAUAUUAUUUCUACAAGAAAUAUUUUAAAAUAGACUGUCUACAUGC